AUGGCGACCGAAAUCGCCUCAGAGGCAGCACCAGGCCAAAAUGCAGCCGACAUUAUUGCACUCAAUGAAAAGAAGACAGUCGAGUUGGGCAACGAGGUCUCUCACGACAUUGAGAUCCUACCGACCAAUGAGCCGGAGAAGACGUACUUCAGCAAAGCCUCCGUGUGGCUCAUGAUUCUCUUCUCCGGACUGGCGAUUGGUUCAGAUGGCUACAAUGCUGCAGUAAUCGGCAACGUCGAGCUCCUCCUCGCAGUCCUCUACCCUGAAUCAUUGACCUCUGCCAUCUACACCCGCCUCAGCAAUGCUUUCCUCAUCGGUAUGAUCGUCGGCAUGCUCCUCUUCGGCGUGGUCGUCGACCAGUUAGGUCGGAAAACCGGCGCUGUGGCAACCACCGUGCUUCUCGUUCUGGGCAUCGUUUUAUCCACUGCCGCGAAUGGAACGGACCAAACGGGUAUGUUCUGGAUGCUCAUCAUCGCCCGCGGAAUCGCAGGUGUCGGAGCGGGGGGUGAGUACCCCGUCAGCGGCGCCGGUGCGGCAGAGGCUACGGAUGAGAGCGGGAAGUACCGCAAGCACCGGGGAUUCAUGUUCGCGAUGUUGGCGGAUUUAUCUGCGUCUUUGGGGUACGUCUGGGGUGGAUUGGUGCCGUUGUUGCUGCUUCUUUGCGUGAAGCAGAAAGAGGAACACUACGAUAUCGUCUGGCGGACUUCAUUCGCGCUUGGCCUCAUCCCGCCGCUCGUCAUCUUCUGGUUUCGGCUACGCAUGGCCGUCUCGACGGCAUACCGCAAGUCGGCCAUGAGGAAGCAACGCGUACCGUACUGGUUGGCGCUCAAGCGGUAUUGGAGGCCCCUGGUAGGGUGCGCCGGGACGUGGUUCUUGUAUAAUUGGAUUUCAAUCCCUUUUGGCAUUUUCAGCUCGACGAUCAUUUCGAGAGCGAACACAGGGGAGAGUUUGGUGAAGAAUUUGGGGUGGGGAGUGGUUAUUAACUGUUUUUACAUCCCGGGGCCGUUCCUCGGCGGAUAUCUCUCUGAUAAGAUUGGAAGGCGCCAGACUAUGGCGCUGGGGUUUACGUUGCAGGCUGUCAUGGGAUUUGUGCUGGGUGGCGCCAUGGGACCGAUUCAAAGCAUCUUCCCCCUCUUCGUCGUCAUGUAUGGCAUUUUCCUCACACUGGGUGAAGUUGGACCAGGGAGUACCGUCGUUCUGACGGCGUCCGAAUGUUUCCCGACCUCCAUUAGAGGUCAGAUGAUGGGGUUCGUUAGCGCGUGGUCCAAAGCCGGAGCUGCCAUCGGCACUCAGGUUUUCACUGCAAUAUUGAACGCCUAUGCCGAUGAUCCGUCGAAGGGAAACCAAACAGCAUUCCUCAUCGGCUCUGGCUUUGCGGUACUGGGAGCAAUCGUCGCCCUUUUUGUUAUUCCCGAGGUAUCGCGCCGGCUCGACGACGAUGAUCAAGCCUGGAAGCAGUACCUUCAGGAGAACGGCUGGGAAGCGAACUGGGGCGAUGAAGAGACGAAGGAUCCGGCCGGUGUUGUGUUGAACAAGGCUGUCUCAUAG